CAGCUUCGGCCGCCGCGACAAAGCUGCGCCGCGUUUGCCGCCCGUUAGGCGCUCUAUCCAUUAUGAACAGGCGCGCAUUAGCCAAUAAAUGAUACGCAGCCCGAGGAUCUGUCCAUUGCUCGUUAUUACCGACUUGUUUUCUGAUUAGCGACCACUUGUUGUGCGUCCGCUUAACAAACGCUGCAUUAUGACCUCGCUCGAGUCCUCGUCGUAUACGGACAAUUUGCAACGGUCAGGCUUCCGGCGACGAGUCUUUCGGCCACGCGUACUUCAGUCGAGAAUCGCUUGCCAAGACAUAGGCACAUUGAUUGCGAGGAGAGGUUUUCACGCGAAUAACUAGGACAGACAUUUUUGACACAAUGGUUAUUUAUUGUAAAGGCACACAGCGCGCGCCAAGACUCGGCUACUCGGUCGAGUACUUUGGAUUUUUCAUGCAGAACAGCGCGCUCUCGACAUAGUUCACUAUUUUCACUGUGGCAAUCGUUUGUAAGCUGACGAGGAGUAUGCUUGAAAUGUAAAAUUUCGCGGCAAAGUGCCUUGCUUCGAUAGGCUAUAUCUUUCACGACGAGAGCAAAGGCGCGUAAGGAGAGUGCAGACAGAGGCGAUCCGAAGGACCGAGGCCGCUAGGCGAUAUCGUAGCACAGGCGGAGACCGAUCGCGCGAUCGCCGCGUUAGCGCGAGGAGGCACCCGAAGCGACCGGCCGAGCCUGGCGACAUCCUCGCGUCUGCCGCCGUGCUCUGGUUCCGCGGCAAGCGCGUCGCUCGCCGACACUGCUGACGUGGGGAUGGCCGCAGGGGGCUCGAGCCCGGCGAGCAGCAACGGGCCAACGAGGCCCCCCCACUUCGACGACGCCUCGGCGCGCAACGUCACCGUCGUCGUCGGCCAGAGCGCCGAGCUGAGCUGCCACGUGAAGCAGCCGGCGGACCGCACGGUGUCGUGGAUGCGCCAGCGCGACCUGCACAUCCUGACCUCGUCGGUGCACACGUACACCGGGGACGCGAGGUUCUCGGCUAGGAACCCCGAGGGCACGGACGAGUGGCGACUAAGGAUCGGCCAGGUGCAGUCGCGCGACGCCGGCGUCUACGAAUGCCAGAUCAACACCGAGCCCAAGCUCAGCCUGGCCUUCGCGCUGCGCGUGGAGGCGGCCCAGGCGACUAUUCGCGAACCCGCGGACGUGUACGCGAAGGAAGGCAGCACCAUCAGCCUGAGCUGCGCGGUCAACGUGCGGAGUUCGCCGCCGAGCAGCGUGGCCUGGCACCGGGGCUCCGCCGUGCUGGACUUCGACAGCGCCAGGGGCGGCAUCUCCCUCGAGACGGAGCAGACGGAGGCCGGCACCACGAGCAAGCUGCUGCUGACGCGGGCCCGGCUCGACGACAGCGGCAACUACAGCUGCGUGCCUAGCAACGCCAAGCCCGCCUCGGUCGCGGUGCACGUGCUCGACGGUCGGUCGAGCGGGUCGAGCGCGCCCGCGGUCCGCCAGCUCGCCAGUCGCCACUCGCUGCAACUCUGCGUCUGCUUUGCUUGUUUCCGGGCAGGCGAGCCGCCGGCGGCGUGGCAGCGCGGCCGCGCGGCCCGGGCCCGCGCCUCCCUCCUGCUGGUGGCUGCGCUCGUACUCGCGGCCGCGGCCGUGCCGAGUGCGAGCCGGGGGCCUCGCGCGGGUCCGCAACGACGAGCUCCAACGUGCUCGGCGCCGCAGGCAAGCGUGGCGACAGGGCCGAGAGGCGGCGAGGACGAAGGCGCCGGCGCGUCAAGCCACCGCCGAGCGUCCGACCACCCUCGCGGAUGCGCGGCGGCCGAGGACCGGAGCUGCAGCGGCGGCAGCAGUAGCACGCGGCCGCCAGUGGCAGAGCAGCAGCAGCAGCAGCAGCAGCAGUGACGCCGGCGGGAGCAGCCGCUCCGAGGCGGCGGCGCGGCUCGCCGGCCGCGGCACCCCGGGCGGCCCGGAGUCCGGCUCCUGCACGCGCAGCAGCACGCUGUCCAGCCUGCCCGCGGCCGGCUGGCAGGAGUAGUUGCCCGCGUCGGCGUCC